AAAUCAUCCCCCAGCAGACUUCCGUUGCAAUGCCGCGAAGCGCUCGCAAAGCUCAAUUCAAGCUUCCCCAGACAACUAUAGCGCUCCCUCUCCCUCUCUACGUCCUCCAAUUCUCCGUACUUCUCUGCAAAACCCUAGUUUCUGCUUUGUAGCCUCUCCCUUGCAACGCGCAAUGGCUCCUCGUGCCGACGAGUGCGACGAAGAUGAGCUCUCCUCCAGCGAAGACGAUGACAGCUUCAAUGAGGACUUGGAAGCUCUCGCACGAGCCUGCAAGAUCGCCGGCACCAACCCUGAUGACCUUAAACCCACUUCUACCGACGGUCCCGACGAUGAGAACGCAGACGCAGUGGUUCCGAAAGCUCCUGACCCGCUGUUGGGCCCGGGCGAUGCUCUCGUUCCUGUGUCAGACUCGGACGACGAGCAGAGUGACCUUCAGUAUCUUAAAAGAGUACAGGAGCGUUACCAGCCUUCAUCUCUCAAGCCAUUGAAUGUUCUUCCAGCGUUUUCUCUGUCUGAUGACGAGGAAGAUGAUGUGGAGUUACUCCAGGCUAUUAGGAGACGCUUUGCCUCCUAUGAUAGAGGCCCUGAUGAAGAUAAUGAGGAUAAAAUGGCUCAGGGAGCUCAUACCUCCGGUCCAGGCUCUGAGGAGGAAUAUGAUAACAGCGUGACAUUUAAGGGAUUAGAGCCCGGUGAAUCAUGCCCUGUUUCUCAGGAUGCUAUUAAGACCACCAGUUUAUUGACUGGUGAUGGUGAGAGACAUCCUUUUAACAUCAACGAGAGGUGUAAACCCGAGGCUUGCAAGUCAUCCAAGUUAUCGGACAAAGGAUCAAACUUUCCUUUGUCUGCUCAGGUUCUUUUUGAUGCAAUAAAAAAGAAUAGAUCUUUCCAGAGGUUACUUCGAAGUAAGUUGAUUCAGAUGGAAGCAAAAAUUCAAGAAAACAGACAGCUAAGGGAAAGAGUAAAACUUCUUAAAGAGUUUCAGGUUUCUUGCAUAAGAAGAACAGGGCAAGCUAUAUCACUGAAAAAGGAUCCCCGUGUCCUUUUAAUAUCAAUAAGAAAGUCUCCUGCUGCAAGUAGCACGAAGAUUAAUGAUAAAAAAAUAUCUCCAAUGUGUUAUGGCCCAGCUGAGAAUGCUCAUGUUGCUAAAUAUAGGAUGGUGUUGGAACGAUCUCCAUUCUCAUUGGAUAGGAAAAAAUGGUCUAAUGUGGAGAGGGAGAAUCUUGCUAAGGGAAUAAAGCAACAAUUUCAAGAAAUGGUGCUUCAAAUGUCAAUGAAUCAAGACAGUUCAGGGUGGUUGUGUGAAUAUGCGGAUAACUUUGAUACCAUACUUGCAUCUAUUAAAGAUCUUGAGAUUACGCCUGAGAACAUUAGAAAGUUUCUGCCUAAAUUCAAUUGGGAUCAGUUGGCUUCCAAGUAUGUUGUUGGUCGUACAGGUGCAGAAUGUGAAGCAAGGUGGUUAAAUUGUGAAGAUCCCUUGAUCAAUCAUAGCCCAUGGACCUGUGAGGAGGACAAAUGGCUGUUGCACAUUAUCCAAGAGAUUGGCAAUAGGAACUGGUUCAAAAUUGCUGAAUUUUUAACCACAAGUAGGACCCCAUUUCAAUGCUUGGCACGAUACCAAAGGAGUUUAAAUCCUUCCAUGCUAAAUAGUGAAUGGACUGAGGAAGAAGAUGCUCUACUUCGUUCUGCUGUCACAAUUUUUGGUGCGAGCGAUUGGCAGUCUGUAGCUUCCGUCUUAGAACGAAGGACUGGACCCCAAUGCUCUAAUAGAUGGAAGAAGUCCCUCUGUCCUGAUAGGAAAGGGAGCUUUACUGUAGAAGAAGAUGAGCGCUUAACAGUGGCUGUCCAUCUCUUUGGACGGAAAUGGAAUCAGAUAGCUAUUGUUCCUGGCCGGACCCAAGCUCAAUGUAGAGACAGAUACGUCAAUAGUUUGGAUCCCUCUUUGAAAUGGGGUGGAUGGACUAAGGAAGAAGAUUCAAGAUUGAAAAAAGCAAUUGCCAAACAUGGAUUCUGCUGGUCAAAGGUUGCUGCAGAUGUGCCUCCAAGAACUGACAGUCAGUGCAGGAAGAGAUGGCGGGUUCUAUUUCCUGACCAAGUUCCUAUGCUCCAAGCAGCUAGAAAGAUGAAAAAAUCCGCUCUUAUCAGUAACUUUGUUGAUCGAGAGUCUGAACGGCCUUGUCUUUCUCUAAAUGAUUUUCUUCCCUUGGCAACGUUAGAUCCGCCAUCUGAUCCAGAUGUUGUGAACCUCCCACAGAAGCGGAAGAAUAAGUCAAGCACUUCUAAGAAAAAGAGGCCCCAAAAACGUACAAAGAAGGCUCAAAGUUGUCUCAAGAAGCCACAGACGGACAAGGUUGAACCUUGUAAUGGACAUGGUCCUGAACCACAUUUGGAGGACAACUCUGUUGAUGCAAUGCAUGAUCAUUCUCCGCUGGACUCGGUUGUGACGACAACGAAUGACCAAGGAGAUUUUGUGGACAUAAUAAUAUCGAUAACCUAA